GCAAUACCACCCCUAAAAGCCGUCAAAAAAAGGUCUCAGCUGCUUUGCAAAUUGCACCAAGCUAAAGUUAAAUAAACAAGAAUAAGCUUGACAAAGCAAGCAAUUCAUUUUCUGGUUUGUAAAGAUUAAAGCUCUUCAGUACCGAGUCCCAUAUUGCUGAUAGCAGAGCAAGCUGUUUCUGGCCUGGGUAUUUCUGAAGUUUGUCCUCAGCAGGAUCAGGUCGUGGUUUGGUCUCAACAAGAGUCUCAGACUAACUGGGAAGCUGAUAAGAUGUUAGACGUUUACAUACACGAUUACUUAGUAAAGAGGGAUUUGAAGGCUACUGCUAAAGCUUUUCAAGCUGAAGGAAAAGUAUCAUCCGAUCCUGUCGCUAUUGAUGCUCCAGGGUUUUCUCUUCGAGUGGUGGUCUGUUUUUUGGGAUAUAUUUAUCGCUCGGACUAAUGAGAAGCACUCAGAGGUUGCUGCAUCUUAUAUCGAGACACAGUUACUUAAGGGAAGGGAGCAGCAGCACCAGCAGCCACAACCCCAGCAGUCACAGCAGCAGCAGCACAUGCAGAUCCAACAGCUGCUGAUGCAGAGGCAUGCACAACAACAGCCGCCACUGCCGCAGGCAGCCCAGCAACAGCAGCCACCACCACAACAGCAGAGAAGGGAUGGAUCUCAUGUCUUGAAUGGCAGCACAAAUGGGAUAGUUGAGAACCCCUGAUGCGGCAAAAUCCUGGUACUGCAAAUGCACUGGCCACAAAAAUGUAUGAGGAAAGGUUAAAAUCGCCUCUUCAAAGGGAUUCUUUGGAUGAGGCAGCAAUGAAGCAAAGAUUUGGUGAGAACAUGGGCCAACUUUUGGACCCAAGUCAUGCUUCCUUAUUGAAGUCAGCUGCAGCUUCUGGCCAGCCUUCAGGGCAAGUGUUGCACAGUGUCGGUGGUGGGAUGUCUCAACAAGUUCAAGCUCGUAGUCCGCAAUUACCAGGGUCUGCUCCGGAUACAAAGAGCGAGAUAAAUCAUGUUUUAAAUCCUAGAGCUGCUGGUCCUGGAGCUGUUGGUCCUGAAGGAUCAUUGAUAGGAAUUCCUGAAACCCCACUUCAUGACAUCAAAUUGCUGAAAAACCACCACCACCAUGUUCAAGAAGAGGAAUCCAGUCAGAACCUGAAGUCUCGCCUCAUUCUUUAG